UCCACAGCUCCGGUCCCCUACUCUUCCCUGCGCCUUCGGCUCCAGUAGGAGGCGCUGUGCUCGUCCCCAGGGAUCCCACAUUCCCGAGCGGGGUUAGUUUGCUAUAGCAGGGUGACGUCAGGGCUGCCUCCUCCUCCUCCUCUCCCCCAGCCGAACCCCUGAAAGUAACUCUGGACAGGCGAGUGCUGGGAACCGCCGAGCAUGGAGAGCCGUGACUGUGGAGCGGGCGCCGGAGAACGGACUGGCGAGCCCCUCAUGUGAUCUGCUGCUCGGAGCCGUGUGCGGGAACUAUCCCGGAGCCCUGAGGAUUACUCGUGUGGAGCUUCACCUGAGAAACUUGUGCUGAGGAGGAUGGACGUGUACCUGAGACUGCUGCUCCUGCUGCUCGGCGCUCCGGGGCUGGCAUCGAUCCGCGGGCAGCUGUCUGCAGGAGGGUGUACCUUUGAUGAUGGGCCAGCAGCCUGCGACUAUCAUCAGGAUCUAUAUGAUGACUUUGACUGGGACCAUGUGAGCGCUCAAGAGCCCCAUUACCUGCCUGCAGAAAUGCCUAAAGGCUCCUACAUGAUUGUGGACUCCUCCAAACAUGACCCUGGAGAGAAGGCUCGUCUUCAGCUUCCUAACAUGAAGGAAAACGACACUCACUGCAUUGAUUUUAACUACCUUCUCUUCACCCAAAAACGGGAUAACCCAGGAUCGCUUAACAUUUUUGUGCGGGUGAACAAAGGACCUCUUGCGAAUCCCAUCUGGAAUGUAACUGGUGCUACUGGAAAGGACUGGCUUAGGGCUGAGUUGGCGGUUAGCACCUUUUGGCCAAAUGAGUACCAGGUAAUCUUUGAAGCUGAAGCCUCAGGCGGGAGAGGUGGAUACAUUGCCAUAGAUGAUAUCCAAGUUCUGAGCUACCCAUGCGAUAAAUCCCCUCACUUCUUGAGACUGGGAGAUGUUGAGGUAAAUGCUGGUCAGAAUGCGACAUUUCAGUGCAUUGCCACUGGAAGGGAAGCAGUAAACAACAAGCUGUGGCUUCAGAGAAGGAAUGGAGAAGACAUCCCUGUAGCGCAAACAAAAAACAUCAAUCACAGAAGGUUUGCUGCCACUUUUAAGUUGCGCGAGGUGACCAAAGCAGAUGAAGAUUUAUAUCGAUGUGUAACGCAAUCAGAGCGAGGGUCUGGAGUCUCAAACUUUGCCCAACUCAUCGUCCGAGAGCCACCGCGACCAAUUGCCCCACCACAGCUCCUUGGUGUUGGACCAACAUAUCUUCUGAUUCAGCUGAAUGCCAAUUCUAUUAUUGGUGAUGGGCCUAUUAUUCUGAAGGAAGUGGAAUAUAGGAUGACCACUGGCACAUGGACAGAAACACAUGCAGUGAAUGCACCAACCUAUAAACUGUGGCAUUUGGAUCCAGAUACAGAAUAUGAGAUUAGAGUACUACUUACAAGACCUGGAGAAGGUGGAACAGGACAGUCAGGACCACCACUUAUUACAAGGACAAAGUGUGCAGAACCAAUGCGAACACCUAAAACCUUGAAGAUAGCAGAAAUUCAGUCCAGACGAAUAGCUGUUGAUUGGGAGUCUCUGGGCUAUAAUAUUACCCGCUGUCAUACCUUUAAUGUCACCAUUUGCUAUCACUACUACAAAGGACAUGGAAUGAACAAAGCCGAUUGCUUGGACAUGGAUCCUAAAGCCCCUCAACAUGUGGUUGACCAUCUUCCACCAUAUACCAAUGUUAGCUUAAAAAUGAUCUUAACUAAUCCAGAGGGUCGCAAGGAAAGUGAAGAGACCAUUAUCCAAACAGACGAAGACGUACCUGGACUUGUCCCGUUCAGUUCUUUGAAGGGCACACCAUUUGAAGACAAGAUCUUCUUGAAUUGGAAGGAACCAACAGAGCCAAAUGGCAUUAUCACUCAAUAUGAGGUGAAAUACAACAGUAUACGAUCAUUUGACCCUGCAGUUCCUGUGGCAGGUCCACCUCAGACUGUGACCAAACUUUGGAAUAGCACACACCAUGUAUUCUCUCAGCUGCACCCAGGCACUACCUACCAGUUUCUUAUAAGGGCUAGUACAGUAAAGGGAUUUGGGCCGGCAACAGCCAUUAAUGUUACCACCAACAUAUCAGCUCCUACGUUACCUGAUUAUGAAGGUAUUGAUGCAUCUCUCAAUGAAACCGCUACCACCAUCACUGUUCUGCUUAAGCCAGCCCAGGCAAAAGGUGCUCCAAUCAGUGCAUACCAGGUUGUAGUAGAAGAAUUACACCCCCAUCGGACAAAGAGGGAGAUCAUAGGGUUGGAAUGUUAUCAGGUUCCAGUUUCCUACAGCAAUGCUGGCAGUGGUGGUUCUCCGUACUACUAUGCUGCAGUACUGCCUCCUUCUAACCUCCCUGAAGCUGCCCCGUUUACUGUUGGCGACAACAAAACUUACCAAGGAUUCUGGAACCCCCCUCUUGCUCCACGUAAAGGAUAUAACAUCUACUUUCAGGCUGUGAGCAGUGUUGAGAAGGAAACAAAGACUCAGUGUGUGCGAAUUGCGACCAAAGCUGCUACGACUGAGGAGCCUGAAGUCAUCCCUGAUCCAGCCAAGCAAGCGGAUCAGGUUGUAAAAAUAGCUGGCAUCAGUGCGGGAAUACUGGUAUUCAUCCUACUUCUACUAGUUGUCGUUUUAAUUGUUAAGAAAAGGAGGAGCUACUAUUCUUACUCCUACUACCUUAAACUAGCCAAGAAACGCAAGGAUGCCAUGGGUAGCACACGGCAGGAGAUGACUCAUAUGGUGAACGCGAUGGAUAGAAGUUACGCUGAUCAAAGUACCUUGCAUGCGGAAGAUCCUUUAUCCAUCACCUAUAUGGACUCUCAUAACUUCAGCCCCAGAUACGAAAACCACACUGCAACAGCAGAGUCCAGCCGUCUCUUGGAUGUCCCACGUUAUUUAUGUGAAGGUACUGAAUCUCCAUACCAGACGGGGCAGCUUCACCCAGCCAUUAGAGUUGCUGACCUACUUCAACAUAUUAAUCUUAUGAAAACUUCUGACAGCUAUGGAUUUAAAGAAGAAUAUGAGAGUUUCUUUGAGGGGCAGUCUGCAUCAUGGGAUGUUGCCAAGAAAGAUCAGAACCGGACAAAGAAUAGAUACGGAAACAUCAUUGCCUACGAUCACUCAAGAGUCAUCCUACAACCAGUGGAAGACGACCCGUCCUCGGACUACAUAAAUGCCAAUUAUAUUGAUGGGUACCAGAGGCCGAGUCAUUACAUUGCAACCCAAGGUCCAGUUCAUGAAACGGUGUAUGAUUUCUGGAGGAUGAUUUGGCAAGAACAGUCUGCCUGCAUCGUAAUGGUUACAAAUCUAGUGGAAGUUGGCAGGGUCAAAUGUUACAAGUACUGGCCUGAUGAUACUGAAGUCUAUGCAGAUUUUAAGGUGACCUGUGUCGAAAUGGAACCACUUGCCGAGUAUGUGAUCCGAACGUUCACUCUUGAAAGGAGAGGAUAUAAUGAAAUCCGGGAAGUCAAGCAGUUCCACUUUACUGGUUGGCCUGACCAUGGAGUACCGUACCAUGCCACUGGACUGUUGUCCUUUAUUCGAAGAGUGAAAAUGUCCAACCCUCCAAGUGCUGGGCCCAUUGUUGUGCAUUGCAGCGCUGGCGCUGGCCGAACUGGCUGUUACAUAGUUAUUGAUAUCAUGCUGGACAUGGCAGAGCGGGAAGGAGUUGUAGACAUCUAUAAUUGUGUCAAAGCUUUACGUUCUCGCCGAAUCAACAUGGUCCAGACAGAGGAGCAGUAUAUCUUUAUCCACGAUGCCAUCCUAGAAGCAUGCUUAUGCGGAGAAACUGCCAUUCCAGUCUGUGAAUUUAAAGCAGCAUACUUUGACAUGAUCAGAAUAGACUCCCAGACCAACUCGUCACAUCUCAAAGAUGAAUUCCAGGUAUUAUCAACUCUGAAUUCUGUGACCCCAAGAUUACAGGCCGAGGACUGCAGUAUAGCCUGCUUGCCGAGGAACCAUGACAAGAACCGCUUCAUGGACCUGCUGCCGCCUGACAGAUGCCUGCCUUUCUUAAUUACCAUAGAUGGGGAGAGCAGCAAUUACAUCAAUGCUGCGCUGGUGGAUAGCUACAGACAGCCAGCUGCCUUCAUUGUCACACAGCAUCCCCUGCCAAACACUGUGAAGGACUUCUGGAGAUUAGUUUAUGACUAUGGAUGCUCUUCCUUAGUGAUGCUGAAUGAAGUCGACUUGACACAGGGUUGUCCACAAUAUUGGCCAGAGGAGGGAAUGCUGCGGUACGGUCCUAUCCAAGUGGAAUGCAUGUCCUGCUCAAUGGAUUGUGAUGUCAUCAGCCGAAUCUUCAGAAUAUGCAACCUGACGCGGCCUCAAGAGGGUUAUCUGAUGGUGCAACAGUUCCAGUACUUAGGAUGGGCGGCUCAUAGAGAGGUGCCAAAUUCCAAAAGAUCUUUCCUAAAAUUGAUUUUGCAAGUUGAGAAAUGGCAAGAGGAAUGUGAUGAAGGGGAAGGCCGCACCAUUAUUCACUGCCUAAAUGGUGGAGGCAGGAGCGGUGUGUUCUGCGCCAUUAGUAUUGUGUGUGAAAUGAUCAAGAGACAAAAUGUGGUGGAUGUUUUCCAUGCUGUGAAAACACUACGCAACAGCAAGCCAAAUAUGGUGGAGACUCCGGAGCAGUACCGGUUCUGCUAUGAUGUUUCCUUAGAAUACCUAGAAUCAUCAUAGUUGGAUGUGCCAACCAGCAGUUCCCGUUCGGACAAAUGUCACUCCAGCUGUGCGGUGGGGGAUUUUUACAUGGGACCUUUUAAGUUUUAAACAAAGCAAACAAAAAAAAAGCUGAAAGGAAAAAAAAAGUAUUUUUCUUAUGACUUUCUGUAUCUUCAUAAAAAAGGACAAAAGCUGUUUCUAUGACUGUAGUCAGUAUUGAUGAACUUAGUGCCACACGAUCACACACUGCUGGAAACCAGAAGUGGACAAGUCUGUCCAGGAUUUGUACGUAUUUGUAUAUGCAGCCGUCUCACAAGACAACUCUCAAGCCAGUAUGUUGCAUGUGUCUAUUUACAAUGUGGCAGUUUCUCUUUUUUUAAAUAAAAUUUGGUUAAAAUGAUUAACAAAAAAGUGCAGAUUUGACAGUAAAUUCCUGUAAUUCUAUCUACAUUUCAAGCAUCACUGAACUGUACUUGGCUUAAUAUUUUUUGUACAUUUAUGCCAUGAUCGUACCAUAUAUAGCCCAAACAUAAGCCAAAGAAUUAAUUGUAAAUAUGUCAAUAUGGAGAAGCACACUCUGUAUUUAUUGCUUAUUUACAUUCCUUUAUUUUGACGGCUGAAGAAACAAUCAUUUUUCCUGAGGAAAGCUUUUUGCUGAAAAUGACGGCGGUUUAUUUUUGUAUGUAAUGAACGUAAGUAAAAGGAAUCUGUUUUCUGCAUUAAUCUCAGAGCAAUGUUUCAAAGAUGUUUUGUCGUAUUUUAUUCUGGUGGACUCAAGUUAUGUGAAUUUGUUUGGUUCUGGAUCUUCUUUUAAAACAGGACCAAAGUGAUAUACCGUUUUCCACCAAGACAUCAGUAACCAUGGAUCAAAUAUUCAUAUACCGUGUGGGAAAUCACUGCUUACAAAUUCAAGAUCUGAGUCCCAGACCACUUGCUAUGAACAUUCGGUUACCGUCGAAAGGAGGAGAAUGCAGCAUUGUGGUCCAGGGCCUGAGAACAUAUGAUUAGCACAUUGUAAGAAAAUGUGUAUCUUGAUGUUUACAGAUGUGUAAGCUUUGGGCUAUCGGCAAAGUAAAUUGAAAUAAAUGAAUACCAUAUUA